UGCUUCGGAAUAUGAUGUCAUUAUGUUGUUAACAGCACACUUGGAAGGGAGGAAAUGGAGUGCAUCCUCUGGCCCAUAUCAGCAUUAAGGCUCUGGAAAUAAGGAGGAGGGGGGUCUGUCCUGUUAGGAGAAGGGAUUUGCCGAAUAAAAAAAGACCUAUAUCUGAGAAAGAGAAGUCAUUUAACAACCACUGCUCCUGCUGCCACCAACUCUACAGCUCCACAAACUACAGCUGCAAAACCAGGAACGAAUAUGAUAAGCAUGGACCUUUGGUUAAAACUUAGUGAUUUUAGGAUUUGAAUUUUUUUUUGUUGUUGUUCCCGAAUGAAACCUUAAUAAUUUUGUCUUCCUUAAAUUCGGAUACAAAAUCGUUUAUAGUUUUAAAGAGAAUAUAUAGGCUAUAUAUAUAAUAUUUAACACUGAUCUUAGCCUAAAAUAUAGUUUUCGGAUUCGCGCUUCAGAAUUAUUUAACAGUACCAGGUUGUGGGGACAUUUAAAGACAAUGUAUUCCAAUGAAGUGAUUGUCUCCUUACUCGUCGUUAUGUGUCUGGUUGGAAUGCCCAGAGCUCAUGGAGCUGCAUGUGAAUCGAUCAGGAUCCCUAUGUGCAGGUCAAUGCCUUGGAACAUGACAAAAAUGCCGAACCAUCUACACCAUAGCACCCAGGCUAAUGCCAUCCUCGCCAUCGAGCAGUUCGAGGGCUUGCUGGGGAUAAAAUGCAGUCAGGAUCUGCUUUUCUUUCUAUGCGCCAUGUAUGCACCGAUCUGCACCAUAGAUUUCCAGCAUGAUCCAAUAAAACCUUGCAAGUCGGUCUGCGAAAGGGCCAAAAGUGGCUGCGAACCUGUCAUGAAGAGAUACAAUCACACCUGGCCGGAGAGUCUCGCUUGCGAGGAUCUACCCGUUUAUGAUCGAGGGGUAUGCAUCUCACCGGAGGCAAUAGUCACGGCAGAAGGACCAGCAAUGCCAGAUUUCCCAAUGGACUCUCACAAUGGUAACUGCAGAGGCACCAACACUGAACGCUGCAAGUGCAAACCGAUUAAACCCAAUCAAAAGACGUACAUAAGGAACAAUUAUAAUUAUGUCAUUCGAGCAAAAGUGAAGGAAGUGAGAAGCAGGUGCCAUGAUGUGAGUGCAGUGGUUGAGGUGAAGGAGAUCCUCAAGUCCUCCCUUGUGAAUAUUCCCCGAGACAUAGUGACACUCUACUCCAGCUCAGGCUGCUUGUGCCCGCCACUAAAUGCCAAUGAGGAGUAUAUUAUCAUGGGUUACGAGAGUGAGGAACAGUCCAGGUUACUCUUGGUUGAAGGUUCUAUUGCUGAGAAGUGGAAGGACCGUCUUGGUAAAAAAGUGAAGCGCUGGGAUCAGAAACUUCGCAACCCAGGAAAGGGAAAGAGUGAAUCAGUCUCUGGCAAAAACAACGCAAAACAAAUUCGUCACUAAAUGCAAUAAUUUAUGCAGAAUCAAAUGGACGAAACAUUGAGAAUGGCAUUCUUGAAGCAGCGAAGAAGAAAUUGCACUAUUGAGCGUUUUUGUUCUAAUGUUGACUAAGAAGUUUAGUUGAUUUUAGUUGUUCUUUUUUUUUUGGCUUUUUUUAUUAUUCUUUUGCACGAAGAAUAGAUUAUUUUACUGCACUGUCUACAAACUGGCAACUGGCUUUGCAGGACAAUAAGUGAAAUUUAUGGUUAAACAUAUAUCUGAUUUCUCCUUACAAUGAUACCCUGAAGAACAAUGUUGGAUAUUUAUUGAAUGGGCAAAUACGCACAGAAUUGGAACUGUGGCUAGAGGAGAAUUAAUCUGGUACACAAUAGCUCAACAGUGUCUGUGCUCGUUUAGCCUUACAGUGCAAUAUUUAACUAAAUGGAAUUUUAGCUUAAGAGAUUUAGGAAAGUGGAGUAACACACUUGUAAGAAAACACUGUGGAACGAAAGGACAGUUUUUUGGCAAGGUUUGAUGAUAGAAGACUGGGUAAUAAUGACUUAAAGGAUAAAAACCACAAUUCUUUAUUAUUAUGUUAGCCUUGAUUCCUUUAUUAUUGUAGUCAAUUGAACAGACCUGUUGUUAUCCAGUUAACAUUGCCUUCUGUUUCAGUUCAACAUGCUUGUAUUAAACACCUUGGAGUUAAUUAAAGCAUAAAAAGCAUUAAGUUCUUGAAUAAUUCAAAUGUAUUUCUGUUGUUUUAAUAACCAGUUGCAAAAAUAACUGCAUUUCAUGAUGUUUUCAGUUUUGAACCCUUGUUCAUUUUGGUUUGUAAACUUAACAGCCUUGUGUUCUAGAAAAAUCCUGCGCUUUGUUAUUUUAAAUAUAUAUAUUGAAUGUUAUUGACUAUUUUAUUUUGACUAGAAACCCUUUUUCAUGGAUUGCAAAACAUGCUUAAUAAAAUGAAAAGGACAUGCAUAGAGAUCUAACCUUUUAAUUUCACAGGGGUUAGAAAGAAGUUGCUGUUAACAGAUUAUUUACUAAAAUUCCUAUACAUUUGUUAUCAGCAGUACAGUUAACAUAGCAUGACAGGAUAUAGAACGUAUAAGCUUACACAUUGCAGUUAUAAUGUUUAAUGUUUAACAUUGUGUAUAUACUUGACAACAGGAAAUACAUUACUAGAAAUCAUACUACGUGUUGAAAAUAUGACAAAUUCUAUAAUCAACGACAUGCAAAAUGAAUUGUAGCAUCCUUAUGGAUGAAGCACAAAGGCAACAUGCCAUUAGAAAAUAUAUUCAUUAUUUUCUGGGUUUGGCUUCGUAGUGCUGCUUGUGUAUACAACACUGUUUUUUUUUUGCAGCAGCAGCAGCAGCAGACAGUAUCAAAAGUGUUGUACCAUGUGCAUAUUUACAUGUUGUCAAGCAAGUGAUGCUAAUCAGGCAAUGGGCUAUAAAAUAAAAGCCUUCAGCUUGAAAACU